AUGAUCAUACAACUGGGUUGCCUGUGGAUUACAAUUGUGGCCGUUUCUUUGAUCAAAAGUGUAGACAAUUUAACUAAUCCAAUUCCAAUCAGAAUUGUGAGUGAGACUUCACGUUUAAUUAGUUCUACUCCGUCACCUAAAUCAUUGGCUACCGUUAAACCACCGGCUAAUUUUUCUGGUCCAUCGGCUCUUCGGCUUUUGGAAAACCAAUGUUUCACUUAUUUAGAUGAAAUUUAUCAAUAUCGAUUUUGUCCCUUUCGAAAUGUGACCCAACAUGAGACCACAAGUAACUGGUCUCGAUUUGAAGGUGUUCUAGGCAUUUGGUCAGGCGAAUGGUCAAUCGGUAAUAACACUUUUCUCUCAAUGAAAUAUCGUGAUGGUGAUUUAUGCUCAUCGAAAACUGGACAAAUACGUCGACGAGUUAAAGUCUAUCCAAUUUGUGGUUCCUCGAAUCGGCUUAUCAAUGCAACCGAACCUGAUCUCUGUCGUUACGAGUUAUACUUUCAAACUCCGUUAAUCUGUGAUACCAAAAAUAUCAAAGUCUAUCCAACAUUGGAUGAGAAUCUACGUUCCAAAUGGGAUCUAUUGGAAACUCUCAGACUCAAUCAACUAAUCACCGAAAAAGCUUAUACCUUUCAAGUAGAUCAAAUAUUUCGAGAGGCUGGACUAAUCCAUCGAAACAUGUACGCACUUGGAUUAGAAGAUAAAGAUGACGAAGAUGAUCCUCAAUUCGAUAAUCUGGCCCAAUGUUUUCUGUUUAAUCAUUUUCUCUUCCAUUAA